AUGUCAGAGACGCAAUCCACACAAGAUCCGUCGCUGGAGGAAGCUCCAAGAGCAACAACGACGAAUUCGACGACAGCGGCAACGGAACCAACAACGACGGCGACGAUGGCGGCAACAACUGAUGCACCUCCAGACCCACCGAAUUAUGACCAGACGGAGGCCGAGUCCGAAUUGUCUUCUUCAUCCCCAGCAAAGCCGGUCAAGGCCAAGAAAUCAGUCGGAUUUGCUCCACCCCCAGUGGAAGAUCUCAGAGAACAUCAUGCCAACAUCAAGCGUAAAGAAGAAGAUGAGCUUAAAUCGUCGUCAUUCCACAAGAUCCCUCCCGAGUUGGCUUACCUUGACAAGAAAAAAGCAAGUACCGCUGUUCCCAAGCCCAUUGACCAGCUGCCAAAGCUUGAAAAGCCCAAUAGUCGCUUUAGACUCGCCGAUUUGCCCGACUUGAGCAAAGCCAAGCUCUUUGAUGUCAAGGACUUGUCGGUUCAAAACAAGGAAACCGAGUUGCAGUUCCACUACACCACGUUCAAUUUGCCUCCUAGCUCCGAUAGUGUUAUUGUUGAUGUAAAGUAUGCGUCUUUGAACUCGUUUGAUUUGAGCAAGAUCAAUCAGUACUUGUUGAAUUUGAGCAACGUGAAAGUAGGGUUGGGGUAUGAAUUUGCGGGAGAGGUUCAAUACGUUGGAAGCAGCAUGAGCAAGAAGUUUGCAGUUGGGGACAAGGUGCUAGGCAUGCUUGAUCCAACGAGCAGACGCGGGGCAUUGUCUACUUCUCAAGUCAUGUACCCAGGCUCGAGAGAUGUGUUGCUUAAAGUCAGCGAUGAAGUUUUGGACCAAUUGGAUAAGAUUGACAUUAAUUUGACUGGAAUUCUCGACCAUAAGGAGUUUAAAGUUGGCGAGGAGGAGGAGGAAGAAGAAGAAGAAGAAGCUGUCGGUGAAGUUGCUUCACAGACUGACAAGCUGUCGCUCAAUUCCAAAUCGAUGCCCCCAUUGGCCAAAUUAUCCUCGGUGUCACUCCUUUACAACCACUCGAAGCAGAUGCUUCAACAUCUCGACCCUGGCCUCACAAAGGCCAACAUUUUGAUAAACGGGGCCGACACCGACAUUGGUCUUACGAUGGUCCAGAUCGUCUUGUCUCAAUACCAGUUUGACUACCUCAACCUCAUCCUUGUUAUUCGCGAGAAAUCUCAAAAGGAAAUGGACCAGCUUCUUGCUUAUUUUGAAAAGAAAUACUAUGACCCAUCGCGCCCCAAAAAGGUCCAAUGCGUCUCAUUCGACGUGGUCAAUGAUGGACUCUACUUUGCUGGUGAACGUGUUCCGACAAGCUAUAAGAAACCGGACUUUUUUGCAACGGAGAUUAUCAAUUCGCUCUUGAUUCUGCAUGAUGGAGAGUUGAUUAACGAAGGCAACAUAAACGAUUACAAACUUGACUUUUUUGUGGAUCUCAUUGGAUGCAAGAAAUAUUUCCAAAGCACGUCGACCAAGUUGCACGAGAUUGAAACUUUGAACUUCCCAUACAAGCAGCACACUUCGUCCUCAAUUGAAACUCUUUUCCAGGCAAGUUCAAAUAUUCCAUUCUUGGCUAGGAUAUUGAAGCCCAAGAAGUACAACUCUGCCGUCGUUAGCGGUUGCAAAUUCACGUUGCUGAAUCCAAGUUACAACAUUGAUAAGCUCAUUGAUUUUGCCGAGCAGGGCGUGACAAACCCUUGGAACAAAGGAUGGGCGAGCGGCUUUUUGAAUAAUUGGACUUCCUAUUACUACUACGAAGAGAUUUACUUGAAAAUCAAACGCAGCUGGUGCGAAGAAGCGCUCAGGAUGGUCCUUGAUAACCAGCUCAAGUUCAAGAUUGACCACUUUGUCGACUGGAGGAAAGAUUAUAAAAAGUACAUUAAAGAAUUGAAAGAGAAUGAUGGCAAGGUAAUUUUUAAAGUUGAGGAUUUCUGA